CCGAAGAAUGCCAGUGAGAAAAUUCAGAUAUAGAUAACUGAAUCAACCAUGGGUGAAUCAACUAGUUCCCAGAGAUAUAAAUAGUACAAAAGACAUUAAGACUUAGUUUAGGACAAAUUCAGCUCUGUAAAGAGUCAUUUAGGUGUCGAACUUCACCGUCUUGGAUAAUUUGUUUAGCUUCUCAUUGGCUAGAUUAUGACAUUUAUAGUAUCUACUAAGAUGGCUUAUACUUCUCAUUAUGUCUUGCGGCCCUCUCUCUUUAUAGAUUUUAGUUACUGAAUUUUAUGUUGGCAGAGUUGUUUACAUACUUCUUGCAGGCUGCAUUAUUAUAUAGUGAUGAGGUAAUAGAGGACUGCUGCACAUGUAUAUUUAUUGACAACUUGCAAAGUAAUUAUGUGGAACUGAAAUCAUCCUUAGAAUUUGUUUCUCUGUCGUUAUCCUUCUUUAGGCAAGACUUUUCCUUAAUAAGCAAAGAUUAUAUACCUCUUUUCAGGAAGUGGUAAUUGAAUUGCAGGUAUAAAAAAAAUUCUACAGGCAGAAUUGCAGGGUGAGGUUGUGUACAAUAGACCCUUGUGGUCCGGCCCUUCCGCGGACACACGCAUAACGGGAGCUUAGUGCACUAGGCUGCCCUUUUUGUGUUUGUCACCUUCAGAUAAGAAUCCCUUUGUUCAAUGAUUGCCAAAUCUUUUUGCUUUUACUAGAUUCUUUUGAAUACUUUUCAUUUUUCAUUCACCCACUUUAUUCUCUUUCCUUUGCCUAUAUUUACCCACUUAUGAUAUCCUUUCUACCAUAAUGUUUUCAACCUCUUCUUUGCACUCACAAAAUAACCAUGACUAUUCUUUACAGGAGGAAAACUAACCUGUAUGUCUUACUGUUACUCUACUUCUUUUGUUACUGUUGUUCUCAAAAGACAUGUCCAAACUGUGGUCCUCUAGAGGUUCCAUAUCCAUUGAGCACGAAUCCCAACUGUGGCAACCCUGACUAUUCUAUUCGUUGUGAUCCUCACUCUCACAAGCUCUAUCUUGAUACCCUUAAUGGAAGCUCUUAUGUCAUCCUCAGAGUUAUGGCCUCGUUCCAGCGUAUGGUGGUGCAACCAUCACCCUGGGUGUCUGGUACCUGUGUUACACAAGACACGUCAGUGAGUGAGGGACUGUGGUUGAACCAGUCUCUUCCGUUUAACGUUACUUCUUCUAACACUAUCUUCUUAUUUAAUUGUUCUCCUCGUCUUCUUGUAUCCCCUUUAAAUUGCACACCUUCUAGCUUGUGCCAUAAAUACCUGCUUAGCUCUGGACAUGUAGAUGCAAAAAGGGAACUUCAGUGUGCAAGUGGUGUUUAUCCAUGUUGCACAUUUAUUGCUGGCGGUAUGCCCUCAGCAUACAAGAUACGCCUGCAUAUCUCGGGUUGCCAAGCAUUUAGAAGCAUUCUACACUUGGAUGCUAUGAAGCCAGCUAAUGAAUGGGAGGAGGGAUUGGAAAUUCAAUGGUCUCCUCCACCCGAGCCACACUGUAAAUCACAAUCUGAUUGCUCUGGAGCUUCUAAAUGUUCACCUUCUGUGGCGUUGAAAAGAUCAGGAAGAGUCUCAGCCAGGGCUAGGCUUGCUAAGGCAAGAGAAGACAUUCUAAAAUCAAACAACGGUGGAAAACCGUCCAGGAUGUUUUGUCUCAAGGAGAUGAAGAAAGCUACAAAUGGAUUCUCAAAAGACAGAAUCUUGGGCCGUGGUGGUUUCGGAGAAGUUUAUAAAGGCGAGCUUCACGAUGGAACUAUUGUAGCAGUAAAGUUAGCCAAAGUGGGAAAUCUCAAGAGCACUCAACAAAUACUCAAUGAAGUAGGGAUACUUUCUCAAGUCAAUCACAGGAACCUGGUCAAGCUUUUAGGGUGCUGCAUAGAAGCUGAACAGCCUUUGAUGAUUUACGAAUACAUUUCCAACGGAACCCUCCACGAUCAUCUUCAUGGUAAGUACUCCACCUUUCUUGACUGGAAAACAAGGUUGAAAAUUGCUUCACAAACUGCAGAAGCAUUGGCUUAUCUUCACUCAGCUGCUUAUCCUCCCAUCUACCAUAGAGAUGUCAAAUCUACAAACAUACUCCUGGAUAACGAAUUCAAUGCCAAAGUUUCCGACUUUGGGAUAUCAAGAUUGGCUUGUCCAGGGUUGAGUCAUGUGUCCACUUGUGCUCAGGGUACAUUAGGUUACUUGGACCCUGAAUAUUUUCGCAACUACCAGCUAACCGAUAAAAGUGAUGUUUACAGCUUCGGGGUUGUGUUACUAGAACUUCUUACUUCUCAGAAGGCAGUUGACUUCUCUCGAGACGAAAAUAGUGUCAACUUGGUCUCUUAUGUCAUUCAGCAAGAAAACCAUGGCUCAGUUAUAGAUGUAUUGGACAGACGCUUGCUUGACGAGGAGCCUUUGACUAAUGUAACGACUGGUAUGGACUCGUUCCUGGCUCUUGCACUUUCGUGUUUAAGAGAAACGAAGACAGAGAGACCCUGCAUGAAAGAUGUUGUUCAGCAACUUCACUGCAUAAGUGAAAUAGUUGAUCAAGAAGAGCCUAUUGAGUUUAGUUAGAGGUAUCAUAGUCCUAGAAAAAAAAAAGAAAUGUCUAUGGUCUUGAUAUUUUGAAUAUUCAUAUUAGUGUAAAUAAGGAUUUUAUAAAAGGCAUGGAUCUUUUUUGUUGUAUUGAAAAGACUAUGUUGUUUCAUUACACUGAAAAAAGUUGAUGUCGUUUGAUCAGGA